AUGGCCGACUACGAUCGAAGACAGCAGGGCAGCUUUAACCGCAAGAGGAGGUACAGAGAUGACGAUGAUCAUUAUGACCGCCGCCAGCAGCGACGGCGAAUAGACUCGGCACCACCGCCUGUGCGCCUUCGAAGGCAACUCCUCAGCAUCGCUGACUCCCCUCUGCGCCGAUGGGGCGAAGAAGUGCAAUCAAUUGCCCGCCUGGUGGCCGACAACUACGACGACGAGAACCUACGUAAUACCUUUGUGAAUCUGGUCAUGCAGCUGGUUGUUGAGCAGCCUCUGAAGACUCCAUUUGUGGCUGCUGUGGUGCUGGUGGCCAACACUCUCAAGCCCGAGAUUGUGGACGCCAUCUUGACGCUCGCUGCCCAGGAGACGGAGAGCAAGAUUGCCAAGGGGGAGUGGAAGCACGUGAAGCUGUAUUUGAAGUUCUUGGCAUGCCUUCAGGCGUGCUUGCAAGGCGAUGGAAUAUUCCCUCUACUCGAAGAACUCUUCAGCCGCGCGGCUGACUUGCAGACUGCAAGCUCUGAGGAUACGAUCGGCACGGAAAUCGUCAAGAUCAUUCUGCUCACGAUUCCUUACAUCAUGGCUGCUGCUCCCGGUCAGUUCCAGCAGAAGGCGGCAGAUCUCAUGGACAAGACCGAUAUCAUCGCGUCCGAGCCCCAUGCGCUCCAGGCCUUGGUUGAUCCCUAUCACCCCGACAUCAAAGAUGAAAGCUCAUCGGCAUCUCUAAGCUUGUGCAUGCUUCUGCAAAAGCAGCUGCAAGCCGAAGCCGCCAAAAACUGGGAGCUGACCUGUAUCCCCCGGCCCUGGAACAUGCCCCUGGAAGAGAUUGAAUCUCAGGAUAAGCUUGCCAAUGCGCCAAAGCACGAGCUGCCAAACAUCUCCAUACCCGCAACGGUGAUUGCUGGUCCUCGCCCACUGUUCCCCGAGGUCUACUUCUCUGUUUACUCUGACCAGGAUGUGGAAUCCGUGCCCUCGACGGAUAGCGUGGCAUCAUCUUUAAUAAGGGAUGGUCUUACCGACACAAUCAAUGGCCUCCAUUUCAAUAGAAACGCCACAGCGAGAUAUUUGAUCGACUUGGACUGCUAUUUUGCCGAUGAUACCUUUGUCAAGAGGGCCACCCCAUUUGAUGAGCUGCGCAACACGACGCCAGGAAAGUCCACGUGGAAGCCGGAAGAUGUCGCUGUUGACAUUGUGUUUGCGCAGCUGUUCCAGCUACCUUCACCUGAGCACAAAUUGGUCUACUAUCACUCUGUUUUGACAGAGGCUUGCAAGCUUGCCCCAGCUGCCAUUGCGCCUAGUCUAGGACGAGCCAUUCGCUAUCUUUACAACAAUUCUCCUCGAAUGGACUUGCAGCUGGGCUUUAGAUUCCUCGACUGGUUCUCCCACCAUUUGAGUAACUUUGGUUUCACUUGGAAGUGGGCGGAGUGGAGCGACGACUGCAGUCUCCCAGACAUCCACCCUAUUAAAUGGUUUCUGAAAGGUGCCUUGGACAAGGAAGUACGACUUAGUUUCGCUCAGCGCAUUCAGAAAACCCUUCCGGAACCAUAUCAACCAUUGGUUGGUCCUGAAAAGGAAAAAGACGUCCCUGAUUUCAAAUUUGACAACCCUGAUACGCCAUUCGCUAGCGAAGGUCAAGAGAUUAGCGGUUUGCUCAGAAAGAAAGCCCCCGAUGAAGAGUUUCAGCCCAUCAUUGACAAGAUUCAAUCUGACGCUAGCGAAAGAGCACUCGAUCCGGUCGUUGCAAGCACCGAUGUCUUGAUGACGGCCAUUUGCUGGGUUGGAUCAAAAUCACUGAGUCAUGUCAUAGCGUGCAUUGAGCGAAGCAAAAGCCGACUUCUCGAUGCUGCCAAUUCAUCGCCGGCGGCGCAAAAUCAAAUCCUAGUUGCCGUCAUGGCCUACUGGUCCGCACACCCCGGAAUCGCCCUGUCCAUCGUCGACAAGCUGGUGAAUUACUCCAUCCUUACGCCUACUUCGAUUGUGCGCUGGGCUUUGACGGCCGAUCCUGUUGCCGAUGGUGCUACUGCCGGCGAAUCCCUUGCCCAGCCUCACAUUUUUGAGCUUGUCUUGAACACGGUGACCAAAGCGUCUUUCAAAACCCGCCAAAUUGUCUCUUCUCCUGAUGCAGAUGAGGAAACACGCAAGGCUGAAUCCAAGGCCAUUGUCGAUCUUUUCAGCACUCUCAAUGACUUGCUGGUAAGCUGGGCGGGCGGAAGCAAGGAUGAACUGAUGGAGACUGGCGAUGGCUCAAGUGAGCGCGAGGCUACCAUUCGUCAAUGGGGCCAGCGGUGGCUCAGGGUGUUUAAGCGAUUGGGGGCAAUUGAAGAGGCCUUCCUCGUCGAGGCGGCCAAAGAGAAGCCUGGUUCAUCGAAUGGAGGAGUCGAUGCGGUCUAG